AUGCAGACCAAGGUUAUCCUCGCUGCCCUCGCCGGCACCACCUUCGCCUCUCAGCUUCAGCCUCGCCAGACUGAUAUCGGUGCUGCCACCGCCUGCCUGAGCCUCCUCGGCUCCAUGCCCACUCCUCCUCCUGCCCUGACCCAGGAGUUCAUCAAGAACCCUCCCAAGGACUACUGCUCCAUCACCGUCCCCGCCAGCCUCAGCAGCGACUGGUCGAGCUACACCUCCGCCGCCGCCUCCUGGAUCAAGGAGCACUCCAGCGACCUGGCCAAGUGCCCCGGAGCCGACCAGAUCAAGUCCAAGAGCCCUGUUGACUGCAAGGCCGCCAACGGUGGCGGCAGCCAGACCACCGGCGGCAGUGACGCUACCAACACUGGUUCUGGUGCCGCUGCUUCCAAGACUGGUGCCGCUGCCCGUGAGACUGGCAUGGCUUUCGCGGCUGUUGCUGCUGCUGGCUUUGCCCUUGCUGCUCUGUAA